GUCUUGGUGUCCCCAUGUCCCUGGUGUCCCCAUGUCAUGAUGUCCUCGUGUCCUGGUGUCCCCAUGUCCUGGUGUCCUCAUGUCCCGGUGUCCCCAUGUCUCAGUGUCCCCAUGUCGUAGUGUCCCUUGUGUCCCCAUGUUGUGGUGUCCCCAUGUUGUGGUGUCCCCAUGUCCCNGUUUCUCCAGGUUGUGGUGUCCCCAGUGUCCCCAAGUCUUGGUGGCUCCAUGUCUUGGUGGCCCCAUGUCUUGGUGUCCCCAUGUCUUAGUGGCCCCAUGUCUUGGUGGCCCCAUAUCUUGGUUUCUCCAUAUCAUGGUGUCCCCAAGUCUUGGUGGCCCCAUGUCCCGGUUUCUCCAUAUUGUGAUGUCCCCAUGUCCCGGUUUCUCCAGGUUGUGGUGUCCCCGGUGUCCCCAUGUCUUGGUGUCCCCAAGUCUUGGUGGAUCCAUGUCUUGGUGUCCCUGGUGUCCCCAUGUCUUGGUUUCUCCAUAUCGUGGUGUUCCCAUGUCCCGGUUUCUCCAGGUUGUGGUGUCCCCAGUGUCCCCAAGUCUUGGUGGCCCCAUGUCUUGGUGUCCCCAAGUCUUGGUGUCCCCAUGUCAUGACGUCCUCAUGUCUUGGUGUCCCCAUGUCUUAGUUUCUCCAUAUUGUGGUUUCCCCAGUGUCCCCAUGUCUUGGUGUCCCCAGUGUCCCCAUGUCUUGGUGGCCCCAUGUCUUGGUUUCUCCGUAUCGUGGUGUCCCCAUGUCCCGGUUUCUCCAGGUCGUGGUGUCCCCAUGUCCCCAUGUCUUGGUGUCCCCAUGUCCUGGUUUCUCCAUAUCAUGGUUUCUCUGGUGUCCCCAUGUCAUGGUGUCCCCAUGCCUUGGUGUCCCCAUGUCUUAGUGUCCCCAUGUCCCAGUGUCCCGCUGGUGAGGCGUCCUCAUGUCUUGGUGUCCCCGGUGUCCCCAUGUCUUGGUGUCCCGGUUUCUCCAUAUCGUGGUGUCCCCAUGUCUUGGUGUCCCCAUGUCUUGGUGUCCCCAUGUCAUGACGUCCUCAUGUCUUGGUGUCCCCAGUGUCCCCAUGUCAUGGCAUCACCAUGUCUUGGUUUCUCCAUGUCUUGGUGUCCCUGGUGUCCCCAAGUCUUGGUGUCCCCAUGUCUUGGCGUUCCCAUGUCCCGGUUUCUCCAUGUCUUGGUGUCCCCAUGUCUUGCUGUCCCCAGUGUCCACAUGUCUUGGUGUCCCCAUGUCAUGACGUCCUCAUGUCUUGGUGUCCCCAGUGUCCCCAUGGCAUGGUGACCCCAUGUCUUGGUGUC